AGGGGGCUGCACUUUAAUUUGGAGAGCAGCCAUUUGCUAUUCUUAAAACUCAUCUCUGUGGUGUGGUGUUGAGGGAGAGACCUCUGUUCUCCCUCCUGCUUCUUUUCUUCCACCCUCAGUUUUGUCUUGGUAAAAUGUUUUUUUGUUUCUAUUGAGCCUGCAUGAAAGAGAACGGACUCAAUUUGUGAGUGAAAUCUUGCUUUUUUUUGAGGACAUCUGCUGUAAAUCAGUCAUGAGCUCCAGCCUUGUCAACUCUUUGGCCAAAGUCUACGACCCGAACCCUCUUCACGGUCAGAAGCCUGGUGGAAGGAAGCUCUCUCUUAAUGGAUCAGACAAGUCUCAGCCUUCUUCAUCCUCAUCAUCAGCUUCCUCCUAUCAUGAUGUUGCCCUGCGCUGUGUGGAGACCAGAAUGGACUCCUUGAGCUCCCAGAUGGAGCGCUUGCUCAACAUGCAGCAGACCGUUUUGACCCGGCUCGAUGGCCUGUCGCAGGAUGUCCGUGGUAUGGGUCGAGAUCUGGCCUCCAUGCAUGAGGAGGGCCAUGGGGGGAGACGCGGGUCAGGGGCUGAGCUGUGCAGGGAGCUGUGUGGGGCCAUGCAGAGGGCCAGCGAGCGGAUGGAGAGUCAGGGACACAGGCUGGAGGGGGUGGAGAAGCUGGUGGAGGGCACCCAGCAGGUGAUCAGCUUCAUUGGGGAGGUGGUGAAGAGCUCCAGGCUGGUGGAGCUGCUGUUUAAACAGUCUGGAUGCAAAGCUAAUAAGAAGGCAAAGGAUGACAGGGAUAAAGCCAAACUGAGCCUGAAGGGCUUAAAGGCCCAGAAGAAGAGGAGACCUCAGGACACAUCAGACACGUCCUCGCUGAAUGAACCUGUGCUGCAGGAACAGGUGGAGAAGCUCAACAGGCAGAACACUGAGCAUUCCCAUGGAAAAGCAGAGGCUGACAACCAAAGGGGGGAGGACAGAGGAAGUGAAGGAAGACGACAGGAGCUCAUCCUGGACGGACAACACACCUCUGCUGCCCAGUCAGAGGAGAGGAAGAAAGCGACGGAGGAGAAAGUGGAGCAGGAGGAGGAUGUCUUCGAAGACUCAGAGUCAGAGGCAGAAGGAAAGACGGACAAUGUUAGUCCUGAUCCGGCUGGAAAAGUAGAGGAUGAUGGGAAGAAAAAGCAUAAAGCAGAGGCAGAAGAGUCGUCAAAAUCAGAAACAGCUCACGGUGUCAGCGCAGACAACUGCAAGACUUCUCUUCUUUCACAGGAAAGCUCUGAGGAGGCCGGCGAUGUGGCCACCUGCAGCAAACGCCGCGUCACAGAAGAAGACCUGGUGAAGGACGACCUCAAAAAAAGCAGAGUGGAGGACAGUAAAGCAGCAAACGCUGAUGGACAGGUGGUGGAGGGGGCCGAGCCACAUGCCUCCAAAUAUGAAGAAGAAGUAAAGACUGAGGUGGAAGACGAGGGGAAGGAGGGAGAAGCAAAGGAAUUUAUUAUUGAUUCAAGCCCUCCUCCAUUAGCACCUUUCGACCACCGCAUUGUGACUCCAAAACCCCAUCAGAUAGCCACCUAUUACACAAUCAACAGAGAUGAGGUCCUGGGAGGUGGACGUUUCGGACAAGUGCACAAGUGCAUGGAGAACUCGUCUGGUAUGACACUGGCUGCCAAGAUCAUCAAAGCCAGGAGCCAGAAAGAGAAGGACGUGGUGAGGAAUGAGAUCCAGGUGAUGAAUCAGCUGAACCACGCCAACCUCAUCCAGCUGUAUGCCGCCUUUGAGUCGCGCCAUGACAUCAUUCUGGUCAUGGAAUAUGUGGAGGGAGGGGAGCUGUUCGACCGCAUCAUUGACGAGAACUACAACCUGACGGAGCUGGACACAGUGCUGUUUAUACGGCAGAUCUGUGAAGGGCUGCAGUACAUGCAUAAGAUGUACAUUCUACAUCUUGACCUCAAGCCUGAGAACAUUCUUUGUGUCAGCAGAGCGACUAACAAGAUUAAAAUCAUUGACUUUGGCCUGGCCAGGAGGUAUAAACCCAGGGAGAAGCUGAGGGUCAACUUUGGAACACCUGAAUUUUUAGCUCCAGAAGUCAUCAACUAUGAGUUCGUUUCAUUCCCCACAGACAUGUGGAGCCUUGGCGUCAUCACUUACAUGUUGCUCAGUGGCUUGUCUCCGUUUCUGGGGGAUGACGACAACGAGACGCUGAACAACAUCUUGGCCUGUCAGUGGAACUUUGAGGAGGAGGAGUUUACGGACAUCUCUGAUGAGGCCAAAGACUUCAUCACCCGCCUGCUGGUGAAGAGUAAAAGCUGGAGGAUGAGCGCUGCAGAGUCUCUCAGACACCCCUGGCUGUCAGACCGGAGUCUGCACUAUCGGCUAAAUCAGAAGAAAAACAAGUGCCACUCCACACAUGCUCCUUCUCCAGAGAGCUAGAAAGAAACACUGCGAGGCCCUCAGCAUGCCUUUUGACAAUGUAGGGCCCCGGAGCCCAACACUGGACCAAUGCUGCUGUACCUGUAUGUCUACUGGAUAACUACUCUCCGCUUCGCAUCCUCAUGUUAGCUUAGCUCCAAAGCUUGUAGUUCUGACCUGAACAGUGUGACGCCCGCAGGAUUAAAAGAGACUUUUUUAAUGUUGCCUUCAAGGCACAAACCACCUGCUAGCAUGCUUACUGUCCUGUAGAGCAGAAAACUUCAGACUGAAUCCAUGAGGACUCUCUCGCUCUAUGGUGCCAGGGUAACAGAAACAUUUGUAUCAUAUUGUAUCAGAUUUGAAUCUAAAAUGUUAGAGAUUAAAAGAUUGUCACUUCUACAACUUCCACACAAAUCACUGUGAAGGUAAACUCAUCAGAUCAGCAUCAAAUAGAUGCUGUUAUUCUCCUGCCAGUGAUCAGUUUGUCAUGUCAUGUCCUGGUUUGUUGCAUGCUAUGCACUUUUUGCCCUAUUUCUUCAAGAUUUAGCAAACAACUUUGAACAAAACGUAGAUUGAAUGCUAUUAUUCUCAUUAUAUAUUUUUGUGAAUACAGAUUUUCUUUCUUUCUUUCAAUGUACAAGUCUUAUAAAAAUGUUAUUCUUUCUGGGACAUAAGAAACAUGUAGAUCUUGGUUGAGUCACACCACUUUAAUUUAUUUUGUACAUAACACAAGGCUGCAUACUCUCAUUCCCCUGAAAAGUGAGAAUAUCUCAAUGACUGAAUACUUCCCUACUCAUCCCACGUCCAGCCACAUCUCUGGUACCUUUUCACUGUAGACUGGACCUCCCUCUGUGUGCGUUCAUGCCACUGGCUCGCCUUUGCUUCGGCGGUUUGGAGUAGCCCUCUCACCUUCCAUGAAGGCAAAAAGGAACAACAGAAUACUACCAAUGAAUGAUUCAUGUUUCUGAGUGGAGUGGAUUCUUAUGUUCAUUUAUUAACUGGUUCAGCACCAGACUGUACUUGAAGUGCAAAGCUUUUAUUCAAGAUGGGAUCAUUUUUCAGGGGUAACAAACAGGGCUUCACUUAGUUGUGCACACAUGGGUAAAUGCACACAUCAGCUUGAUGGAGAGCCGACAACAGAGCAGAGAAGACGUCAGUCAGUGCUUUACUGCCCCCGUUCUGUCUGAGAGGUGGGAAGUUGGAUGAAUAUUUUUGGCAAGGUUGUUGGCUGCCUCAUUUGGAAAAAGAGAAAAGCUUUGUGAAUUUGAAUUUGUUUCUUUGAAUUUAUGAUUUUGUUUCAUUAUAUUUUGUGAGACACAAGUUUUCUUGUGUAAUGAUGAGUAAUAACUCAAUGUAGAAUAUAAAUAAGCAAAUAAAUAAAGCACACCAGAAAACAGUU